CCCAGUCAUCCACAGCGGCUCCACAGCGCCGCCGCUGCUGCUGCGGCGGAUCCGGGAACUACACCUGGACACGCUGAACGGUGUGUGCUGGGAGUCAAACUCGUCUGUGUCGUCGCUUGUCGGCCAUCACCGCUGCGUAAAGCCGAAGCCGCUGCGACCACCAUAUCUCAUGCACAUCCGCAAUUUCUGUUUUUUUUAGCCGCUGAUGACCCUUCGACCAUUUCACACCGACUCCAUCCGGACAGCAGCUCCACAAACACCGCGGCGACAUCUUGGCUGCUUCUGCAAAAAAAAAAAAAAAACCUUCACAAAACUCCCCCGAAUUUACAUCCAGAAAUCAUCUCAGUCUGUCUCCUGAUCGUCGUGUUGGCUGCUUUCCAGGCGACAAGCACCGGAAGUGCAGUGAUGGCAGAGCAUCUGUCCCAGAGUGAGCUGGACUAUCCCUUCAAACUUCUGGAGUAUUUCAACGGCUUCAGGGUGUCAAAGGUGAUAUUUUCAGCCUGUGAACUGGGAGUGUUCGACCUCCUGCUGAAGUCUCAGGAGCCCCUGAGCGCCCAACAUGUGGCCCGGGAACUGGGCACCAGCGUGGACGGUAUAGAGAGGCUGCUGGACGCACUGGUGGGCAUCGAGAUCCUGGAGGUGGAGACCACAGCUGGGACAGCUUUUUACAGCAGCACUGAUGUGGCGAAUCUUUACCUGGCCAAAGGCAGCGCCAAGUCUCUUCACGACAUGAUCAUCUACCAAUCACAGACCAUCUACCCGCUGUGGAACAACAUGGUGGACGCCGUCAGGGAGGGCAAGAAUCAGAAUGAGAAGACCUUUGGCCUCCCGUCAGAGGAUAUUUUCCAAGCUAUUUACAGAUCGGAGGAGGAGAUGCUGAAAUUUAUGGGUCUGAUGAACUCUUCCUGGGUUCUUGACGGACACGACAUCGUGACGGCGUUCAACCUCUCCUGCUAUCAGAACAUAGUAGAUCUUGGAGGGUGCACCGGUGCUCUGGCCCGUGAGAUGGCGAAGGCGUAUCCGUCCUCCUCCGUCACGGUGUUUGACCUCCCGCAGGUCGUUGAAACGGCUCAGAAACAUUUCUGUCAGGAGAACGAUGCUGUCGUUUUUCAAAGUGGAGAUUUCUUCAGUGGUGAAAUCCCUCCCGCUGACCUUUACGUUCUGGCCAGAAUCAUUCAUGACUGGCCUGAAGACAAGUGCCUGACGCUGCUGAAGAAGAUCUACGACACCUGCAAACCAGGCGGCGGCGUCCUGCUGGUGGAGGCCAUGCUGUUUGAGAACAGACGAGGUCCCGUCAUGGCUCAGAUCUUCUCCCUCAACAUGCUGGUGCAGGCGGAGGGCAGGGAGCGCCCGCCGUCCGAGUACACCCACAUGCUCAACCAGACCGGCUUCCGCAACGUGCAGGUCUGCCGGACCGGCAAGUCCUACGACGCCAUCCUGGCCAUCAGAUGAGCUCCGACUGAGACCGGGACAUUCGACGAGAGGCGUUCUUUUAAAAGUCUGGAGUUGAACUUGAGCAUUUCAAGGCCUGGAAAAGAUUAGUGGUGGAUAUAAAACGUAUAAGCUCUGGAAAAAAAAAGGAAACUGUUGUUCAGUCUCAGUGCACAUGGAUCUCUGUUUAAUGUUGUGGUCAAUCCCAGUGAUUCAGAUAAUGUGAUAACAGUUAAAGUUGUUUGUUAAGGAUCGUACUACUAGAGACAUUUUCUGGAUUGUGGUUGCUGUUGGCUAAUGUUUGACCAAUUAGACUCAAUUAGAAUUAAACCAGGUUAAAGAAAUAGUUUUAACAUUU